AUGGAGAAUCUCAGCAAGAGACCUUCAAAGGGAAUUCUCAAAACGUCCUCCAGCAUCGAGCGACAGGACUCGAAAUUGACUCGUCAAAAGUAAGACAAGGACAUCAAGUGGGAUGAGAUGAACAUUUUGCAGACUUUACACCCGCCAGAUAAAGACUAUGGGCACAUGAAAAUUGAAGAGCCUAAGACGCCAUACUCGUACUUUACCGACGAUGGUGAAGGAACUUCGGACAAUGAAAAGAUAAAAGAACUUGACCCUGAGAAUCUCGCUGAACUUAUAACAAAGAAAACAAAGGAAGCAUUCUCUUUUGAAGAUGCUGCUGAAAAGAUUUCAGAGGCUGAGGAUGAUGAUAUGGACGAUGAGGACCUUACUGGACUGACAGAAGAAGAAAGGGAGCGCAGAAAGGAUUUUGACUCAAAGCGCAAGAAGCACUACAACGAGUACCAAAUGGUAAAGCUGGCCAGAAAGCUAAUGGAGGAAGAGAUGAACGAGGUGGAACAUGAGCACGAAGAGUCAACCGAUCAACCUGAAGCCUCGACCAGCUCUGCAGCUCGUCCUGACGCGUAA